UAUUCAGUUUAACACAAUGUUGUUCAGUUCACAUAUAUUGUCUAACAAGUUUAUCAGCACUUGAAAUAUUUUGAUUUAGCUACAAUUUAAGAGAUGAAAGUUUUGUUUGUCUGCUUGGCCAACACCUGUCGCUCACCUAUGGCGGAGGCUGUCUUCAAGCAUUUAAUACUCAAAAACCAUCUGACCAAUUGGAAAACAGACAGCGCAGGAUUAAGAGAUUGGAAUGUGGGUUUGCGGGCUCAGGGGCGAGCACAAGAAUUGCUGCAGCAACAUGGCUUAAAGUCGGAACAUAUAACUCGUGUGAUAACCGUCGACGAUUUCUACUAUUUUGACUUUAUUUUCGGCAUGGAUGAAAGCAACAUAACGGAACUGCAACUAAUAGCAGAGAAACUGGAGCCGCCGGCGCCAUGCCAAAUACAGUAUCUAGGCAGCUAUCUAAAUCGCGAGGAAGAUAAGAUUAUCAAGGAUCCAUACUUCAGCCAAGGCAUGGCCAGCUUUCAUACGGCGUAUCUACAAAUUAGGGAGAGCUGUGAGCGGUUCGUGGAACAAUAUAGGCCAGAAGCCUAAAUGGUUAUGACUAAAGAUAGACUCUGUCUUUGGAUAUGCUGCUGUCUUCAGCAUUUGCUGUCAGCUUAAUUGUUUAUAACUGAGAUUAUCUCGCAUAAGACACAAUGUAAAUACUGCUUAAAAAAAAAAUUCAAUUCAUUUCCCAUUCGAAUGGUCCAACUCCCUAGAGGAUCUGGAAUAGUCAUAAGACAAAAUCAAAAUUGUUUGUUUUAUCUAAUUAUACUUAUAUUCCUAUUGCUAAUAAUGAAAAUACACCAAGUUGAUAAUAAUACUUAAGU